AUGCAAGACCAGAAGAAACAACUCCGUAAUGCUCGCAAGCUGAGGGUGACCUGGAUCAAGGAGUACGAUAUCACCCAAUUCAAGAAACACGUCCUCAAUCACGAAGAGAAGGCCAUAGCGCGCAAUAUCGAGGCGCAUGAGAGGAAGAUUGCCGCAUGUUUGAAGAAGACCAAUGAGCAGCUUGCCAAGGAGCAAUCUAUGGCACUAGCAGAGAAGCGUAAGCUCGAGGAGAAACAAGCCGCAGAUUUGAAGAGAGUCGAGGAUAUGAAAGCCGAGGAGAAAGAGAAAGAGGAAAUCCAUGUCUGA